AUGGCAUCUGGAGAGUGCCUUCUGCUAGACCUGGAAACAGAUAACUUCAUUCUCUACAACAUCUCUGUCAACCACAGUGCAAACCUCUCCCUCCUCAGUGAUGACUGGUUCUACCCAGCAUUCCUCUACGCCAUCCCCACGAUCUACGGGAUCAUCAUUUUGAUAGGCCUUAUUGGCAAUAUCACUUUGAUUAAGAUCUUCUGUACUGUGAAAUCCAUGAGAAAUGUCCCCAAUUUGUUCAUCUCCAGUUUGGCUCUGGGAGACCUGCUGCUUUUAGUGACUUGUGUGCCCGUGGAUGCCAGCAGAUACCUUGCUGAUGAGUGGCUGUUCGGCAGAACUGGAUGCAAACUUAUCCCCUUCAUACAGCUCACCUCUGUAGGGGUGUCAGUCUUUACUCUCACUGCUCUCUCAGCUGACAGGUAUAAAGCUAUAGUAAGGCCGAUGGAGAUCCAAGCAUCCCAUGCACUGAUGAAGAUUUGUGUGAGAGCUGCUAUAAUCUGGAUUGUAUCCAUGUUGCUUGCCAUCCCUGAAGCAGUGUUUUCAGAUCUGCACCCUUUCCAUGACAAAGGGACCAAUAAAACCUUCAUCAGCUGUGCUCCCUACCCGCAUUCUGAUGGGCUGCAUCCCAAAAUUCACUCAAUGGCAUCAUUUCUCAUCUUUUAUAUCAUUCCCCUAUCUGUCAUUUCAGUAUAUUAUUAUUUCAUUGCUAAGAAUUUGAUCCGGAGUGCUUACAACAUCCCUGUGGAAGGAAACGUGCAUGUGAGGAAACAGAUUGAAUCCCGUAAGCGCCUGGCCAGGACAGUACUGGUCUUUGUGUGCCUCUUUGCCUUCUGCUGGCUUCCUACUCACAUCAUCUAUUUAUACCGGUCCUACCACUACUCAGAGGUGGACACCUCAGUGCUGCAUUUCAUUUUCAGCAUCUGCGCUCGGAUCCUGGCAUUCACUAACUCUUGUGUCAACCCGUUUGCUCUCUACUUGCUCAGCAAAAGCUUUCGGAAACAGUUCAACAACCAGCUGUUCUGCUGCAGAGCUCGCCUCCUCAUCCGGUCCCAGAGUAUGGCCAGGAGCACCACACGAAUGACCUCCCUCAAAAGCACCAACCAUUCCCUGGCCACCUUCAGCCUUAUCAAUGGCAACCAUGUCUGCCACGAAGGCUAUGUCUAA